AGCCGAUGACUCAUCUCUCACGGUAGAAGAUAGGAAAGGAGGAGCGAAGUCGAGGAGCGGUUCAUGGCGGAGCAUUCUGAGGAGUCGACCGUGACGGAGAAGAUCGAGGAGGAGCCACGCAAACCUGCUGGCUCCUCCUCCUCCUCCUCCGAUUCCGAGUCCGAUUGCGAGGAGCCGGUGCAGUCUUCCUCCGUCAAAGCCAAAGUCUACCGCCUCUUCGGCAGGGAGAAGCCCGUCCACCAAGUGCUCGGUGGCGGCAAAUCUGCUGAUGUGAUGCUGUGGAGGGACAAGAAGAUCUCAGCUGGAGCUCUCAGCGCUGCUACCGCUAUUUGGGUUAUGUUCGAGUUAGUCGGCUACCAUCUGUUGACUUUUGUGUGCCAUGGCCUCAUACUCUCUUUAGUGAUCCUCUUCUUGUGGUCCAAAGCUUGCACCUUUAUCAACAAAUCUCCGCCACGAAUUCCAGAGGUGAGCAUUCCUGAAGACCAAGCUGUGCAAGUUGCGCGCACGCUUAGGUAUGAGAUGAACAGGGCCUUAGCUGUUCUCAGGGAGGUUGCACUGGGACGGGAUGUAAAGAAGUUUCUUACUGUGAUUGCUGGGCUCUGGUUGCUGUCGAUGGUCGGAAGCUCGGUCAAUUUCUUGACCUUGGUAUACAUAUUGUUCGUGACACUGCACACAGUGCCAGUUCUCUACGAGAAGUACGAGGAUAAGGUCGAUGCUGCAGCGGAAAAGGCGAUGGCAGAGAUCAAGAAGCAGUAUGCUGUGCUUGAUGACAAGGUUCUUAGUAAGAUCCCUAGGGGUCCGUUGAAGGACAAGAAGCACUAGACUGUAGAAGGUACUCCGUUAUGUAUUAGGUUUUGCUUGGCAGUGGAUACAUGUGGCUUUCUUAGUAUUGUCAUGGCUUAUCUGUGGUUAGAUCAGAACACUUAUAUUCAACUUGUUUAGACAGUACUUAGCUUUAUAACUUGGAUGGAUCUAGCUUUGUGAUUUGAAGUUUUCGUCUCUAGGUCAAUCUCUAUUAUAAUCAAGCUCGCAUCAUCUUGAUGCAAGUAGUUUCAAUGUCUGUAGAACUAAUAUGCACAAACUACAAUGCUCUCACACACUGUGUUAGCAUUCUGAUGUAUGCUAUGUUCAAUCUGAA